AUGCAAGGUGUUUCUAUAUUUGAUGAUGAUAAAUCAGCUUUGGAUAAGAUGUAAAGCUCUUUUAAGAAUCUACUUUUUGAAAUCAUUUACUAUUUAAUUUCUGGAGAAAACUUCCCGCUAUUUCUUUACAUCUUUUUUGUUGUAAUUGAGAGUUUCCAAGUGUUUUACUUUGCUUUUAGUGAUGAAGUAUACAUAUUUUGGUGAUUAUGAUAGUUUUUGUCAUUAUGGAAGGUUAAAUCAUGGUCAGAGUCAUUUCAAUCAUUUUUUGGGUACUUUAUGAUUUCCCCAUAUUUGAAGAAUGUAGAAUUUCAAAGUUUCAUCCUAGUGCUUUAUAUCAUAAUGGGUUUUUUCCUCUUGCUAAUUAUUUUAAUUAUUUUCAUUGCAAUAAAAGCAUAAACUACAUCAGUAGGUAAGUUGAGUGGACCAUUGGUCGUUCUCAAAAUAUUUUUUGAAGUACUCAAUUACAUUUUCUUUAUGCCAGCCUUACAUCUUUUUUUGACUAUCUUCUAUUGCGAUUCAGGUACAGGCUAUCAUAAAUAUUAUUCUGAUUAAGAAUGUUAUACAGGAAAUUAUUUACUUCAUGCAUUCUUAUCAGCAAUUGCAGCAUUCAUUUUAAUUUGUAUUAGUGGAUUAGUUACAAUGACAUUUUAUGAAUCAAGAUUCCAGCCAAAUAAUCCACUUUGUAAGAUAUCUGGUAGAGAUGAUAUGAAAUUCUUGAUUUUUAAAAUAAUUUUAGUAUUAUGUUUCACUUUACUGAAUGUAAAUGAAUUAAGAAUUUUAGUAGUGAUCAUAAUUACUUUAUUUGCAGUCAUAUAAUUUUUUUCAUUUAACAAAUCAAGUGUCUAUUUAAAUUACUAUUAUUCAAAAGUAUUAAAUUCACAACAUGCCAUAAUUAUGUGGACAAUAUGUAUGAUAAUAUUUGGUAUAAUUGUUGAAGAUACCUAUUAUGAAGGGGCACCUUAUUUAUGGGUUUUUGGAAGUCCUUUAUUAUUAUUGAUAGUUAUGCUUAGAAAAGAAUAUAGAUAUGAUAUAAUGAUGAUUGAUUCAAAUAAAUUUGAUUCACUCAAUUAAGCAAUUUAAUAAUUAUAAUACUUAACUAAAUUUUUGAAUUAUUAUCAUACAGAUAGGAAUAUAGCCACAUUAUUGGAUGGUUUUGUAGAAUAUCAUAGGACAAUAUGUAAAAGAGAAGAUUGUCCUUGUUAAGCAAAAAAUAUGGGUAAUAAGAAAAUUGCAAAAUUUCAAAAAAACUUUAAAUUAUAAAAUUAAGAUGAUGAAAUUAAAGAAUAGUAUGUUGUUUUAGUAUAUAUUAUGGAAAGAAUAUUUACUUUAUCUUUAACUAGAUUUCCAAAUUGUACAGAAUUACGAAUUUCUCAUUCUUUAUUUUUAAUGGAAAAAAUGUAAUCAAAUCAAUAAGCAUUAUAAGAGUUAGUAGCAGCAGAAUAAGAGAAACCAUAUGUUGAUGAAUAAUUUAUUAUCUAUAGAUUAAAGAAGUUAAUAGAAGAGUAAAUGUUUGAAAAUUCAAAAUCAUCAAGAAAUCCAGCUGCUGGUAUUGAUGCUGUUAAUGAAUUGACAACUGAAAAUAAUCUUAGAGAAAUUAGAGCAUAGAUUGAAAAAUCAGCAUCAUAACAUAUAGAAUUUUGGUCAUAAUUAAGUGAAGAUACACCAGAUUUAGGAAAAUUAUAUGAUGUUGGAACUAGAAUGAUGUAUAUAGAUAAAAUGUUGGAAGAUUCAUGGAAACGAAUAAUUAAAAUGAAUUUAGAUGUUCCUCCAAAUUUAAUGAUGAUUUAUUCAAGAUAUCUAGUUGAUAUACUCUAUGAUAAAGAAUCAGCUGAAGAAGUAUUGGAAAGAUUGAAGAAUUUUUAUUCUGUUAAUAUGGAUAGAGGUAAAAUUACUAAUAAUAUUAAUGAUUUUCCUAAUGAAUCUACUGCUUUAAUUAGUAUUUCAGCUGAAGAUGUGACUUUUGGAAGAAUUAUUGGAUUGAAUAUGUCAGCAUCAAAAAUGUUUGGUUAUUCAAAGAGUGAAUUAAUUAAUAGAAAAGUUAAUAUAUUGAUGCCAAAUGUAUUUGCUUAAUCUCAUGAUUAAUUUAUGGAAACAUAUUUAUAAACCUAUGAAAGUAGAAUAAUGAAUAGAGAAAGAAUGAUUAUUGGAAAAUCAAAGAAUGGAUAUAUAUUUCCAUUCUUUAUUUAUGUAAGAUAUGUUCCAUCAUUUAUACAUGGUGCAUAAUUCUUUGGAGCUAUGAGACAAGAAAAAGUAUUUAAAAAUGUAGCCUUUAUGAUUGUUAAUGGAUAGACUCAAGAGAUUGAAAAUAUUUCAGCUACCUUUAUAACAAUGUUUCAUAUAGAUUUAAAUUAUAUAACAAAGAAGAAGACUAAAGUUACAGAUAUAAUACCUAAUUUCUAAGAAAAUAUUACUGAAUAUUUAAAUAAAACAGGAGCAGAAGCAGAUAUCAAUUUUAAGAAUAGAGAUUAAUCUGUUUAGGGGAAAUUUAAUAUAACUGCUGGAGAAAUUAUGUUCAGAGAUUCUAAAUUAUAAGGAUAUAUAAUUAAAAUUGAAAAUAACAAAUAAGAAAAAUCAUUUCUUAAUCCUAAUGAAUAAUCUUAAUAAAAGAAAUAAUAAUCAUUAACCAAAUUCUAUUUCUAAUUUGAUUAGGCAUAACAUAUGUAUGUAGGAGAGUUUUCAGGUGAUUAGAAUUUCUAGAUGUCUGCUAUUUCAAGUGUCAAACAAGAUGAAACCUUUGAUUAUUCACAAAGAGAACCUUUGAAGGAAGAAGAAAAGACUCCUUCUUCUAAUGUAGGAGAAAAGGAUGAUAAAGUUGAUUUUGCUGUUGGAAUUAGAACAAUGAAAUAUAUAAAUGGAUAACUUUUUGAUAUUGAUGAAUUUAAGAAUCAAGAUUCAGAUGAAGAAGAAGAUAAUGAUUAAAAAAAGGGAGCAGGAACUGCAGGAAUGUAAUAAAUAUAAAAAGAAGAUGAUGAAGAAGAAGCAGAAGGAGGUCAUGCUAACAUUUAUAAAUCUAGAAGAACUUUUGUUUAAUUCUUAUAAGAAAGUAGAAAUGUCAAUUAAAACAGUAUGAUUUGUUUUAAAUGGAGUGCUGCUAUUUUAAUUAUUUGUUUAGGUGUAUUGGGAUUACUUGAUUAUGUAUUGACAUAAUAAUUAUUCUCUGAUAUUUAAGAAGGAUAUAUAAUGAUGCAAGAUUCUAAUAUUAGAGUUGCUUUAGGGUAAAGAAUACAAUGGUAAAUUAUGGAAUUGUGUAGAUUGAAUAAAAUUAAUAUUUUAGCUACUGAUGAUAAAGUAAAGACAUAAUUAACAAAUAUGAAUACAACAAUAAGUGAUUUGAAAGAUAUCUAAUCUAAAAUUCAAUCCUCUACUGAAGUAACAGGCAGAUAAGAUGAAUUAAUGACUACUAAUACUAUUAAGAUGAUUAGUAAGGAUAGUAGUGGAUCUGAAAGCAAUUAAUUAGUUGAUAUCAAUUAAGGUACAUCAUAGAUCAUCUCAAAGGCAUUUGAAGUUAUGAAUUUUGAUAUAAAAGAUUUUGAUCCUGAUGCUGACUCCAUCUUUUUCAUUAGGUAUAAUUUGCUUAAUGAUUAUUAUCAAGCAACAUUAGAAAGUGCAGAUCUUUAUACAAAUCAACUUAUAAGUUUAGCUUAUGAUUCUGAUGUAUUACUUAUACUCUUAAUUGUUGCUUGUGUAUUUACAGUUGUAUCCAUACCCUGGAUUGCUUGUGCUUUUAAUUUAGUCUCUUAGAAUCAAGAAGAAGUUAUUAAACUUUUCUUAGAGAUUCCAUUAGCUAAAGUUAAGCAAUUAUUUGCUAAAUGUGAAGCCUUUUCUAAUACUUUAUAAAUAGGGGAAGAUGAAGAUGCUAAUUAAGAAAAUGAUGUAUCAUUUGAUGAAAAUGAGGAAGGAGAAGGGGUUGUUGAAGAAUUUGGAAGAAGAAAGAAAAGAAAGAAGUAUAAGUAUGAUUCUAAAGAUAAACGUAACUUUUACAUUAAAUUCAUCAUUUCUAUGGGAUUGUUGAUUGCUUAUUUUAUUGCUCAUUAUCUUAUUGGUGCUAAUUUAUAGAGUUCAAUGUAAUAAUUGAUUUAAGAAAUGAAUGCAACUUCACUUGCAGUACCUUCAAUAACUUUUGCUAAUAAUGUUUUUAGAUAAAUGUUGUUGGAUCCAACCUUCCCUGUAAAAAAUAAUGUUUCAAAAACUGUUUCAACAGACUUUGUAAAAGAUUUAUAUAAUCUUAAUACAAAUAUGCAAAAGGAUCAUUCAUUAAAUUUGGGUUAUCACAAUUCUCUUUAUAAUGAUUAUUUUGAUUCAAUUAUGAAAGCAGGAGCAUGUGCCUAAGUUAUCCAAGUUGCACCUGUAGAUUUAACAACUUGUUAAGCAUUUGUCAAAGGAAUUGUAGAUGAAUCUUUAGCUUUAGCACUUUCAAGACAUUUUGAAAAUCUUAGGUAUUUACUUACUGUUUAUGAUUCUCUCCUUAAUGAUUCUUCAUCAACUACAAUUUCAGGAACUCUUUACAAUUUCACAGAUAAUCUAUAAACUAAUAAAAUAUUAUCACUCAUGUAUACAGAUAUUGCUGCAAUAGAAAUAAGUAUAUUAUUUAUUUAUUAAAUAGAUUAAAUGCAGGAUAUUUAUAUUAGAUCAAUAUUCUAAUAAUUAUUGGUUACAUUUAAUUAAAGUUUGCAAAAAGAUAUUGAUACCAAUACAACCACUACUGUUACUAUUUUUAUUGUUUUUUUAGUUGUUUUGGUUCUAGUUUACUUAUUAUUCUGGUGGCCUAUUGCCAAUAAAAUUAAUAAUGAAGUAAAUCUAUUUAUUAAAAAAUUCAUAGAUCAGAAGAACAACCUUAUUAUUAUCAAUGAUACCUUUAAAUCUCAUUUAACGUAUUAAAGCCAUUAGAGAAUAUUUAAAUAGGAUUCAUAAGGUGGAUCAAUGA